UGAAAAUAAUUGCAAACAACCAGUAUGUGAACCUAUUACCUGCUAUCUGGACUUGAAGAGACUGGAGUCAAUCGGAGAAAACGCUACUUUGAAAUUGAUCAGACCCCAACUUCUAGGACGUUGGGGCAAGUCUUGCAGUGUUUACUACCUGAUUCCAAAAAUAACUGCCACGUGGAAAGGAGCUAUUGACUAUUGCUGUUCCUUAGGAAUGAGAUUGCUGACCAUUUACUCUUACGAAAAACAGUAUUCUUUGGGGAAAGUUUUCGACGAUCAAAGCAAAUUAACUAUUGAAAAUAAAUUCUGGACCUCCGGAACUGAUCUCAAUUGCCAAGGAAAAUUUAGAUGGUGUUCAAAUGAAAUUAAAGACUACAUUAAAACGAAUCUACUAUGGCAAAAAGGGCAGCCUGGCAUGAAUAACUCAUGCAUUUACAUUCAAAACGAUAAUUUGCGUGGUCCUCUUCUAGGCACUAACGAUUGCAAAGUUGAAUUACACUUCAUUUGCGAGUCAAGAACUCCCGCAAAUACAUAUUUUGAAUCAGUUGUAAAUGAGUGUCAAGAAGUUAACCGAGUGAGCAACCAUGAGGUGCUUUCCUUUAAAAAUGAAUCAAUCAACAAAUUUUCAUAUAGAAUGAAAUGUUUCAUAGCUUGCAUUUUUGAGAUAAUGGCAUUGUUUUACGAUAAUCACAAAUUUUGGAUUGACACCGUCAUUCAGUACAUCUCUGGGACGUCUAUCGAUACUUCCAAUGAAUUAAAAUUGAAAGAAAAAAUUUCAAAAGCAAUAUUUAACUUAACGGACGAAAGCAAAACCUUGGAUGAAACAAAGAAAUUCAUGAGCUGGCUUGGCUUCUAUACACAUACUUUUGAGGAAUAUCAAUACCUCACCAAAAGAGAAGCUCUUGAAAAUUUUGCUAAAUGCCAAAACAUCCAAAAGAGGGGCGAGGAGUGCGUCUAUGCAUAUGAAUUUUACUCGUGCCUUUUCAAUAAUUCUCAAUUCUUGCAAGAUAUUUGGAAAUUUGAUGGUAUUGUUGUGCAAAAUAUUGACAAUUACCUCCUCUGGGGUUACAAAAAGGGAGAACUUAUGAGCCAAAAGCCUACUGACAUCUUUCCAAUCAGUUCUGAACUUCUGAGCCUCAAAUGUUUUUUUAAAGAUUUGAAGGAAAAUGACGAAAGAGAUGCACGAAGUUACUGCUCCGCUUUGCUCUAUUACAAUACAUUUAUCACCAAUGAUACAAGAUCAUUCACCUUUUUCUUACCAUGGAUCAAUAAUAAAAGAUUCCCAUUGGAGAAUGGUUUCAAAAAAUGUCACCAAGUCAGGGGGACACCGCUCAUAGCCGCAUCUGUUGAAGAAUUCAACAAAACUUUCAUUUUCUUAAAUGGAACAAAGAACAAUCUGCUUUGGAAUGAGGCAUACGUCGAUGAAAAUGGAAAACUGUGGUGGUGCGGCUUUGAAUCGCUGAAGGUGCCUGUCCCACUUGAUUCUGGCACCGACAUAAUUGCGGAUUUCCCUUUCUACUUGGUGUCUCUAGCGAGUCCUAGACCAAAUUUGCAUGCUAUUUAUCUGGACUCGAAUAUUUCUAUUCCUCAAUUGUUUUGUCAGAUUCCCAAGAGCGUAGCAAAUAAGUGUCUUAAAUAUCCGCAAUAUUUCACAAAUUAUACUUAUUAUGAGCUGCCACUACCUGAAGAUAUAUAUGAUUGAAUAUUUCAUGUUCAUAUUAAUUUUUAUUAUUAAUAUUAACCAAUUUUUUUUUAAAUAUCAAAUCGCUAAGUUAAUGCAUAAAAUAAUUAUUUUGUAGAGUAAUGGUAUAUUACUGAUUUUUGUUACAUUUUUUGAUGUGCAUUUAUUUUGCUAAAUUAAAUUGUGAUUUUAGUUUUGUAUUAGCAAUGGAUGAAUUUUAGCGACGGUAAAUGAGAGCCAAAAUGAUCAGUUUUGGGUCAUUUGACGGAAAAUUAUCCUCAAUAACGACGAGAAAUUUAAUUUAUUGCUCUCUCUAUUGGAUACUUAAAUCCUCAUUGCUAGAAUAAGCAGCUAUAAAUGGGUUUUUCUGGAUUAAUUUCAUCAGAAAUCGCGUCCAAAAGCUCCUUAUUUUGCUUCAAAUUUAUUGACGGUUCUCAUUAUAAAAUAUUCGAAAAUAUUCUAGUAAAAGAUCAAUUUUUUAGUUUACACUCAAGUUUUAUUUUAUUAUUUUAUUGGCUUACAUAUUGUUAAUUAUAUUUAACUUCAUUAAUCAUUGCACAGCACAAUGCAUGCGUGCAUGAAGAUAAAUUUUCUGUGUGGAUAUGUAGGGGCUCUAUAAUUAUGUUUACAGUAGGGGCGAAUAUAUUUACACUGAUGGAUGUUUGUUGUUCAUAUGCGCAAAACAAAGUUUUCUAAUUUUCAUGUAUAUCAAACGCACAAAACUUAAACGUAAGCAAUUACAAAAUAAUGAGCAAUAAUCUUGAACCGUAAUUAAUAAAUUUGUAAGGUGCGUGAUAUUCAACAUUUUGUUUGAAUUUUAUUUACAAUUUAUGUUUCAAUGAAGUUCAUUUCAAGGCACUCCAUUGGCAGCCGUAAAUAAUAAAAGGCACCAGUAUAUUUUACAA